AUACUUAGAAUGACGGUCUAAAAUCUGGAAUGGCCCUUCAUAAGGUGUCUCCAACGAUCGUCUUGCCUCGUUUCUAACAAAUACGUGGGAACAAUUAUUUAGGUCUGGAUGGAUAAAUACUUUAUUGUCCCGCGUUCGUAUGUCCGUAUGCGUGAGGUUAGAAACGGAUGAAAGAUUGUUAAUUAACUGUUUAAUGAAUUCACGAUCGUUGAUGUUUGUUUUAGGGCUUGAGUUAAAUAUAUCGCCUGGUAACCUAAGACUACAUCCAUAUAGAAAUUGUGUAGGGCUGUAUCCUAGGUCUGAUUUUAUUGCCGUACGCAACCCUAAAAGAACUAAUGGCAAUUCUUGCACCCAUUGUGCGCUAAAAGCUGCUAUCAUGGCGAAAUGCUUAAACAUUUCGUUUAUUUAUUAAUUGCCGACGACAUUAUUGUUUAAUCAUUAUUAGCGUAUCCACAUUAACACAUUUAGUGCUCACUACUCGGAUCCGAGUUGGGAGGGGGGAUAGUAGCGGUGCCGCGCACUCGGAUCCGAGUGACCGGCCUGUGCAUUUUGUAGUAGUCAGUAAGCCGCCGGCGUUUGAGGUGAGUUUAUGUUGGUUUGCGCGACCGCUCUGAAACAUAUUCAACUUACGAAAACGCGUAUUGGUUUCAUUAUAACAGUGUAAUUGUGACUUUUACACACGAUCGUAUCAAAGCUAUUUUUGCACUAAAAUGGACAAUAAGGCUGGACCGUCUGGAAGUAAAUCUACGAGUAGUUCUAGAAAAAAGCGUCGGCAAAGUGAUGACUAUGAGUCUGACUAUAGUGAUGAGGAUGUGUAUUCUCAAAGAGCUGAUGAAGACUCUUCAAGUUCAGAGGACUCUUCUAGUUGCGGCAGUGAUGAUAGUAUCUUUGAUACUAGACUGAAGCAAAAGACGACCAGCCGUGUACCACCAGCUCAACCUUCAAGGUCAUCUGCCCCAAAGACGACAAGCCAUAUACCACUAGCUCAACCUUCAAGGUCACCUGCCUCAAAGACAGUCAGCUGUGUACCACCACCUCAACCUUCAAGUUCAUCUGCAUCAAAACGUGGUUUAUGUGAGUCAGAUGGAAGGGCUAUCAUUCAAUGUAAGCGAUUAAGACCUUCAUUUAGGGAUGGCCCCACGCGUAAUAAUUCUACUCAAUCGUUGAAGUUACCAGAUCUAAAUAGUUCCUCAGCAUCGAAGUCAGCGCCUCGACUACUGGAAUUUGAUGGAGACGGUAGCUUUGAAUUCAAUUCUGAAAUUGACUGCCGUCCUACAUCGCCGAAUAUCGUACAGGACUAUGGAGAUUUUUUGCCGGAUAUACCAAUUAACCCUACCAGUUCAACACCUAGCGUAUCUCUUCUGAGAUCCGAUGCGAUCACCCCCAACCUUUCGCCAGAACGUGAUGACGUCUCUCCAUCAAUUAUGGCUGUUCGGAGAUCUGGAAGUCGUACUCCAGACUUACCCGAUGAUUUUUAUCUAUCACCCAAUAACUCACCCUCUGGUCAAGGAGCCACUACCACCUGGAGCAGUGAUCCAAGCUCCAUGAAAAGCUUAGAGUUUACUAAGGAACAGGAACUCUUAGUGCCGCCUCCAACUGAUCCUUACGAAGCAUUCCGACUAAUGAUUGAUGACGAGUUGUUAGAUCUUAUAGUUCGCGAGACCAACGCGAACGCAAUAAGAGUCGGUAAUGCACAAAACGUCAAACAAAACUCCAGAAUAAAAUCUUGGAAAGAUUUAACAAAGGAAGAACUGCUGACAUUUUUAGGACUCCUUCUUCACACAGGAACAAUUCGACUAAACCGUUUAAGUGAUUAUUGGAAACGACACUAUUUGUUUAAUAUUCCAUGCUUCGGACAAUUCAUGUCACGAAAUCGUUUUUUACUUAUUUUACGAUGCCUACACUUUACGUCUGUAACCAGUGAAGAAGACCGUCUCAAUAAAAUCCGACCAUUCAUGGAUCAUUUUAACAAUAAAAUGAAAACUAUUUACUGUCCAGGUAAAGAGCUAUCAUUGGAUGAGUCCAUGGUAUUGUGGCGCGGUCGGUUGCUGUUCCGACAAUAUAUAAAAAACAAACGGCAUAAAUAUGGCAUUAAACUCUAUGUUUUAGCAGAACCAGAUGGUACGGUCUUGAAAUUUCAAGUUUACGCCGGUGCUAAUGAUGAGACAUCAGGGCAAGGACAUAGUAGUAAGAUUGUCUUCAAACUACUAGAAGAGAGACUGGACUGUGGCCAUCAUGUAUACAUGGAUAAUUAUUAUAAUUCUUAUGGCCUGGCUGUGAAAUUGCUAGAUCGACAGACAUACUGCACAGGAACGUUAAGAAAAAACAGGAAAGAUAAUCCCGUCGAAAUUGGCUCUGUUUCACUGGAAAAGGGAGAAAACAAAUCCUUGUUCUUGAACGGCGUUCAUGUCGGAAAAUGGAGGGAUAAGCGAUACGUUCUGUAUAUUUCUACAGAACACGGUAGUGAGAUGAUGGAGACUACUUCCAAAAGAGGAUCUAUAGUAGUGAAACCAAUGGCAAUCGUUCAUUACAAUAAUUUUAUGUCGGGUGUUGAUCUUCAAGAUCAGAUGUUGGCAUACUAUCCAGUCCAAAGGAAGACGCUGCGUUGGUACAAGAAGCUGUUUGUGCAUAUGCUGCAAAUGAGCCUUACUAAUGCAUUGCACUUGUACAAUACAUUUUCGGCGAAUGACAAAUUAAAUCUAUAUGAUUUCCGUAUGAAGAUACUGGAGAAGCUUUUACCUGAUCCUAAUGAUGUAAAUCGACGCAAUGUUUUGAAAGUGAAACACGAACUCACAAAAAUAGAAAAGACCCGGACGAGAGUUAAGACAGUAGGAAGAGUCACGAAACAAACUAUCGAAGUGGUCCGAAAAGAAUGCAAAGGUUGCAAAUCACAGAAAAAAAGGGUGCAAACAAUUUAUGAAUGUAAGCAAUGUGAAGGUUCUCCAGGUUUCUGUACAAAAUGUUUCUGCCUAGCACAUUCAUAAUUGUUUUCAUUAAAUUUUAUUGUUUUGUUACCUAUGUGGUUAAAAUUUUCAGAAUAUUUUUUAUUCCUUUGUACCUUUAUGUGAGUGACUCACCUUUAUUCUGUGACAAGUUUUCAAUUAAACUUAUAAUUAUUACGUA